CCGCGCUGCUCCAACGCGACGCACGACGCACGACGCAGCGAGUAACGGACAACUCAUCGACCAAUCGACACCACACAGAUUCUUCUCUAACAUUAUACUUCUACCAUUUCUUCAAAUAAUCGCCUUUGAUUUGUUACUCUCUCUCAACAAUCAUGACAUGAGGAGGACCAUCCCUCCUCUCCUGCAGUCGGUUCGUUCAGACGCAGCUGGACCCGCUUGUGUUCCUCAGAGGAGAUAGAUGACAAUCUGGAGUUUAAGCGUCAAAACUUUGGUCAGAAAAUGUUGAUCGUGGUCUCAGUAGCUCGUGGGAAAAGCCGGUUUCACGUGUAGAACAAAUCGCGAGGAGAGAAAAAAAAAAAGUCUGGGUUGAUUUUUCCACAACGGAAAUGAGCUCAGCUCCACCACUGCAGCCUGGAUCUGAAACAUGGUCGAUGUGACUCCGAGCAGAUCUAAAAGCUCUGAUUUCUGGAUAAAUACGGCUCGUGUUUGAUCGAUGGGAAGAUGUUUGCAGGACUGAUGGGGUUUGAAUGUCGCAGUAACUCUCUGCUGCACCUCCGAGAAGUCAUGGAAGGUGGCCGGGCGUCAGGGACAGCUGGCAGCUCCGGCCGUAAGAGGUUCCACCGACGACCGGGGUACAUGAGAGGAGAGCCGUCCAGACUGCAGAGCAUGUCUCAGGAGCAGGAGGAGGAGGAGGAGGAGGAGGAAGGGAACACAACGGGCAUUAGAAAAUCUGGACGUCACACUGACAUCACACCUGCUGUCAAAGUGUCCUCACAGACUGACAAACCUUCAUGUAGCACCCGGAGGAGUAAGAGUUUUCUCUGCUCUGGGACUCGUCCUCUGUCUCCCAAAGCAUGCAGGGAAAUGAACGGUACAUCAGGCCAGGAUGAACUCAGGUUAAGCCGGAGUCCAGCACCUCCACAGUCCUCCACACAGGACUCCUUUAACUCCAGUUUUAGUUUCAUCCGAGAGUCUCUAAACUCAACUUCAACCCCGUCACAGGAACCAGAAGCACUAAGUCAUUCCACUAAAGCACAGAGUUCACCUCAAACUAAACCAGCAGCCUUAACCACUGAGCACAACGUCUCGAGGCAGACCAGUUCUGUCCAAUCAGAGGCGUCCUCCGAGCGGGACGAGCUGUCGUCAGGCGGGAGGUUUUGGCGGGAGAGUCUGUGGGUAAACAGGGAGGUGACGUCUGACCUCCCUGACUGUGACUCUCACUCUGUGGACAUAGACAUCACCUCGUCGCUCUCCGUGGACUCAGACACAGCCUCCGCCUCCUCCGUCACCUCUGGCUAUGAGAGUGCCACGCCCGUCUGCGACCAUGGCGUGGACAACCUGGUGAAGAAGUACGAGGGCGUGCUGCAGGACUGUCUGCAGAACAACCGGACACACACUAAGAUCGAGUCCAUGAUGUUGAAGCUGCAGAGACUCCAGCAGAAAGCCAUUUUGGAUGACGACUAUGACGCAGCUGAGCGUUUCAGGAAGAAGCUGGAGGAGCUGUGCAGAGAGAGAGGAGCUCUGAAGCUCGGUCUCCCCUCCACUCAGCCCAGCGUGGCUCUGUUCCUGCAGCGCCUCACACAGGUGGUGCACAGCGCCCUCCAGAGGACAGACUGCAGCCACUGCAGGGACGGGACGGAUCCUGAUCCAGGGGCCGAUCUGAGGGACUCUCUGCAGGGUCCACUGCAUCGAAGAGGUCGUCUGAUUCAAGAGAAACGGCAGCUGGAGGAGGAGAUGCUGGAGCUGCAGCAACGGCUGGCGGAGCUGAAGGAUCGCCGUGUGCAGCUGGAGCAGCAGAUCCAGCAGGAGGAGCAGCGGGCGGAGGCCGAGGAGCUGGAGGGCUCGGUGCUGAGGAGCUGCAGCGUGGAGCAGCUCCGAGACAUGAGCUGCACCCUGCAGGAGCUCGUCUCCUCCGAGAGCCGCACGCAGAUCUCCGUCUCUCCUCCUCCCUCCGUCAUCAGACUCCAGGAACAGGAGCAGGCGCUGAAUCUGUCCAUCAAGGAAGCAACUGCUAAAGUGGUCAUGAGUCAGAGGCUGGGCAGCAGCCUGAGGAGGAAAGUCAGCGAGACUGAAACUCAGCUUUUAACGCUGCAUGAAGCAAAGCUGGCGUCCAUCUCAGGUAAUGACUUCAGCAGUGCCAAGGAGCUGAAGGCGGAGAUGAAGGCGGUGUACCUGGAGCGGGACCGGCUGGAGGCGCUGGCCAAGCGUCUGCACAGCCUGAGCGCCGGGAGCAGCCAGGAGCUGAGCAGGAUGAAGGAGCAGAGGCAGCAGCUGAGGCAGGAGCUGGAGCAGAGAGAGGCCGUGCACGAGAGCUGUCUGAAAGAAAACACCUCCAGGUACAUGAAGCUGCUGGAGGACAGACUGCACAGCUGUGGCUGUCCUGGUCUGGAGCGGAUCUGGGAGGCCGACCUGGAGGCGUGUCACCUGUUCCUGCGGGGUCUCCAGCUGAGGACCCCGAGCUGCAGCGGAGCGGACAUGGAGGACCGCCCCUCUGCAGCGGCUUGUCCUCUGACCCCGCAGAGCACCAAAGAAGAAGAAGAAGAAGAAGACUGCGCCAUGCUGACGGCGUUGGGUGGGCGUUGGUGUCCCGAGGCAAACUUACAGAACUCCGAGUUCACGAAGAAGCUGGAGGAGUUUUUGUUCUGCAUGGAGGAGAGUCAGCCCGAGGACGUCUGUGGAGAGUCUGAGGCUGCAGACCUGACGGAGCGCUGUGAGCUGAUCAGUGACAGACUCCUGACCUUGGAAGACGAAUUACAGACGGCCAUACUGAACCGGGAUCAGGCUCUCACCCAGUCGCUAGAAAAGGAGGUUCAGGAAGUCAAAGCCACUUUACAAACGAUGCUCGCACAGCUCAAAGAGGAAGACGAGGAAGAGGAGGAGGAGCUACAAGACGAUGACCUCAUGAAAAAUGAGACUGACGAGGAAGAAGAAGAAGAAGAGGAAGAGGAUAAGGAAGAUGAAGAAGAGGAUCAGUACUUCAGUGACAGCUGGGGCAUUUGAAAUGGAUGCUUACACACACACACACACACACACACACACACACACACACACACACACACACACACACACA